AGGUCAGUAAUAAGAAACCUCUCUGGGAAGUUGGCAAGAUGGCUGCCUGUGCCUUUGUUGGUGCGGUGAGAACGGCUUCAGGAAUCCUACGGCCCCUAAAUAUUUUGGCAUCUUCAACCUACCGAAACUGUGUCAAGAAUGCCUCUUUUAUUUCUUCAUUGUCCACUGGACGUUUUGGUCAUAUUCAGACACCAGUUGUUUCCUCCACUUCCAGACUUAUCACAUCUGAGAGAAACCUGACAUGUGGGCAUACUUCCGUGACCCUUAAUAGAGUGGCCCCCUUGCUUCCAAGUGUCCUGAAGCUGCCAGCCAGAUCUCUAACAUACUUCAGUACACAAAAAGGCAAGAGAAAGACUGUGAAAGCUGUCAUCUACAGGUUUCUUCGACUUCAUUGUGGCCUUUGGGUAAGGAGA